UCUCUGUGCCAAGAAAUCUAAAAAUGUUUCUGAAAUGUUUUGGUGACUCAAGUUCAUCUAGGAGACAAUAUCCAACCGUAAUAGAAGAGUUGUGCCGUCAUUUUUCUCUUGCUGAUAUUCGGAAAUCAACCAACAAUUUUGAUCAUAACAGAGAAAUUGCUGAAGGAGCAGUCGGUAAAGUAUACAGAGGUUGUCUCCAACACAAUGAUGGUUCUUAUUACGAAGUCGCAGUGAAGCGAUUUCACGGGCAAAGCUGUGAAAUAUUAAAAAGAGAAGUAGAGUUACUGUGUCAGCUUCGCCAUCCUAAUUGUGUGUCUAUCGUAGGAUUUUGCAACCACGAAACAGAGAGCAUUAUUGUGUAUGAGAACAUGUCCAAUGGAUCUCUGGAUCGACACCUGCGAAGUGAGGUUAGGGAAGCACUUCCAUGGAAAAAAAGGAUACAGAUUUGCAUAGGAGCGGCGCGUAGACUACACUACCUUCAUGCCGGACUCAAGCGCACCAUCAUUCACCAUGACAUCAAGCCUAGAAAAAUUCUUUUGGACGACAACAUGCACCCAAAACUCUCAGGUUUCAGCUCUAGCUUACUGGGAGCACAUUUCAAGGAAAAACCAAAACCAAUAAAAACGGAUUUUUUAGGUACUUGUGGUUACUUACCUGUUGAGUCAUUUACGACCGAUAAUGUCACAGAUAAAUGGGAUGUUUACUCAUUUGGUAUGACUCUACUGGAAGUUGUGGGAGUAAGAAGAAUUUUUGAACGGGUUUAUUUUGAAAUAGAAAAAGAAUUACUGGAGAAGUGUAUUGAGGAGAAUAUUGAUCCGAAAAUCAAAGGAGAGAUUGCACCAGAGUGUUGGCAAGUCUUUAUAGACAUCGCCUUAAGAUGCAUAAAUAAGCAACCUGAUGAACGACCAGCAAUGGGUGAAGUGGAGGUGGAACUUGAGCUUGCUCUGUUGGUGCAGGAACAAGAAGAUAUCAUAAAUACCGAUAGCGAUUAUACCUUAUUGUCCAAAACCGUUAUUAUCCCAAAAUCAGAGGGGGGAUUUGAGUAUGUCAUUGGCCUGAAAGAACAGGAAACCGUAUACAGUGACUCAGAAGACAUGUUCCAUAGGCAAUUUAGUGAGCUUUUGAAGUAGUCAAGUUUGAUUAAGAUAUCUCUAGCUUUUGUAGCUUUCUUUGUUCUUAGUAUUUUUGUGAAAGUGAUUUUAAAGGAAGUUGUGAUUGUAAUCGUUUUCGGCUGGUACAAAUUUGAAG